AUGGCGUCCACAGUCACAGCUUUCGUGACGGACACUAUAACAAAGACCACGGCAGCUGCCACAGCAUCUUCGACGGCUAGAGCAAAAGCUCAGGGUGGUAUCUUGGAAGGCGAGAAUCCGACACAUUACAACCCAAAGGAUCCUAUCAUCAUAUUCAUCAUACAGGCCGGCGUGAUCAUCCUGUUUUGUCGGUUACUACACUGGCCUCUAUCAAAGAUCCGGCAACCGCGUGUUAUCGCAGAAGUCAUUGGUGGUGUCUUACUGGGUCCCUCGGUCAUGGGCAGAAUUCCUGGUUUUACUGCCACAAUUUUUCCGCCAGCUGCACAGCCAAAUCUCGCACUGGUGGCCAAUCUUGGUCUGGUUCUCUUCUUGUUCAUAGUAGGUCUCGAAGUCGACUUGCGCUACCUGGCCAGCAACUGGAAGAUUGCAUUGAGUGUCGGCUUAGCUGGCAUGGCACUUCCCUUUGGCCUAGGCUGUGGCAUUGCUUAUGGUCUGUACAACCAAUUCUCGGAUGAAGACGAGACUGAGCCAGUCGCAUUCGGCACAUUCAUGCUGUUUGUUGGUGUGGCCAUGGCUAUUACGGCUUUCCCAGUGUUGUGUCGUAUCCUCACGGAACUGAAACUUUUGUCGACAUCUGUGGGAGUUAUUGUCUUGUCGGCUGGAGCUGGCAACGAUGUCACUGGAUGGGUCCUUCUUGCCCUCUGUGUGGCUUUGGUAAAUUCUGGAAGUGGUAUAAGUGCCCUCUAUGUGUUGCUGACAGCUCUCGGAUACACGCUCUUCCUCUUCUUCGCUGUCAAGCCGGCGUUUACCUGGGUUCUUAGACGUACGCGUACAUUUGAGAACGGACCAUCUCAAGGCAUCAUCGUCUUGACCCUACUGAUUGCGCUUGCAUCUUCCUUCUUUACCGGAGUCAUUGGUAUCCACCCUAUCUUUGGUGCCUUCAUGGCAGGGUUGAUUUGCCCCCAUGAAGGUGGGUUUGCAAUCAAGGUCACAGAGAAGAUUGAAGAUUUGAUCAGCGCUCUGUUCUUGCCACUUUACUUUGCCCUAUCUGGACUUUCUACCAACCUUGGUCUUUUGGACACUGCCAUUACCUGGGGAUAUGUCGUUGGUGUUUUGGCCGUUGCAUUCGUCGGCAAGUUCGUGGGAGCUUCGGUGGCUGCUCGCGUCAAUGGCCUCGUCUGGCGAGAGAGCUUUACCAUUGGCGCUCUAAUGAGUUGCAAAGGUCUCGUCGAGUUGAUUGUCCUCAACAUUGGUCUGCAGGCCAAGAUUUUGUCGCAAAGAACAUUCACGAUUUUCGUGGUCAUGGCUUUGAUCACGACAUUCAUCACUACGCCGUUGACCAUGGCCCUGUAUCCGCCUUGGUACCAGAAGAAGCUAGAGGCUUGGAAGAAGGGUCUUAUCGACUGGGAUACAGGCAGUCCCCUGACUCCUGGUGAUGAUGCCUCGUCUAUCGUCGCGGCAAAGCUAGAGACUAGCAAGAUCAAGAAACUACUCGUUCACCUAAGGUUGGAUAACAUGCCUACCUUGAUGACGUUCGUCUCGCUCUUGGCUGCUCCCAGCAGAUCUGGCGAUAUUGCAGUGCGACAGCACCCUAUGCUGGCAGGUAAGAGCGCGGAAGAGCCUUCGAGAAUUCCAAACCGACCUCUGGAGGUUCAUGGUGUCCGGAUGAUCGAACUUACGGACAGAGACUCAUCCGUCAUGAGUGUUUCGGACGUCGAAGAAUUCCACUGGAAAGACCCCAUCAUCAAUACAUUCCGCAACUUCGGCAGAUUGUACAACCUAGCAGUCUCUGGCGAAGUCGCGAUUGCCCUCGAGUCGUCUUUUGCCGAAAUCAUCACAUCCAAAGCGGCAAGCGAGUGUUCAGAUCUUCUUGUUCUUCCUUGGAGUGAAAGUGGAAGUAUGAACGAACAGCAACCCUACAAUGGCAAUCCCACCACUCCCAGACGACUCGAAGACACAAGCUACGUCAGUUUCGUGGCCGCCGCACUCAAUUCGUCGACGUGCAACACGGCGGUCUUUGUCAAUCGUGACUUCGGUGGCAGCGCAGUGGCACGCCGCCCACCAACUCUGUCUCGUCAAGCGAGCAAAAUUAGCUUGUCGCAUGAGCGUGGACCUGCGUCGUCGCCCAUCAUGGACAAGUCGCACCAUAUCUACAUGCCCUACUUUGGCGGGGCCGAUGGUCGCGUGGCGUUGCGGCUUGUACUGCAGCUGGCAGAGAACCCAGAUGUCACUGCCACCAUCGUCUUCUUUGACAGACUAGAUGGUGCGGGUGGCGUAGCAGAGACCAAAGACACGGAAACCUAUAGUUCGCCUGUGGAAGUCUCAAGUACGGGGUCAUCGAACCCCAGAGAUGGCAAACCUAGCGCCGUCGCACAGAUCGAAGAUAGCGACGAGACGUUCUUCGCCAUGAUCCAGCGAUCUCUGCCUGUAGAGUUGUCGUCGCGAGUGGUUAUGGAGUCUAUAUCGUCACACUUGCCCCUGGAGGAAGCAAUUUCUCGGGCGCAGGUCGAGGUCGCGCAGAACCCCAAGAACGCAGGCGACUUGAUCGUUGUCGGCCGAAGGGACUUUUCCAACGAGUCUGGCAGAGCGUGUUUAGGCCUCGUUGCGCAGAAAUUCGUCGACAGCGGACUUCGAGCAAGCAUUUUGGUCAUGCAAGCGAGAUCGCCUCACAUGUCUUCUGAGACGCCGUGA